AUGGUCAAAGCAAGCUCUGUACAACAAAAUAAAAGUUCAUACUGUGAGGGUAUUCCUGCUGGACGAGGCAAGGAUAGCUGGUUCUGGACCUUGGAAAGUAAUGGUCGGUUCUCCUGCAAAUCAGCCUAUUUGGCCCAGACUGUGGAUAGUUCGAGCCCUAGAGAGGUUGCUCCCUCUAUGUGGAACAAGCUUUGGAAUAGUAAAAUUCCAGAGAGACUCAAGGUCCUUUGGUGGUGUAUUCUGUCCAAGGCUCUCCCAGUUCGAUCCGUGCUAGGUAGAAGGUUUCCUAUUGAGGAUGAGAGUUGCCCCCUGUGCGGAACAGAAAGUGAAACUAUGGAGCAUUUAUUUCUCUCUUGUAAUGUUGCCUUUCACCUAUGGCGGUCAUCUCCUUGGGGUAUCUUCCCUAUAUGUGACGCUGGUAUAAGAAUGUGGGAUUGGGUUAAGUUCUUAUGGGAUCUCAAAAACAAAGGAAUUAAUGAGCAGGAGACCUUUUUAUAUGCUUCGAUCAUCAUUGACACAAUCUGGCGGACUCGGAAUGAAAAGGUACAUAAUAAUAGUCCGGUGGAUAUCUUUAAAUGUAUAGACUCUGUUCGUUUUUCUUUUGCAGAUCAUCAUGCUUACUUGCUCCCUUGUCCAACCCGGUGCUUGACGGAAUCUUGGUGUCCACCCCCACAGGAUUGGUUGAAGCUCAACUGCGACGUUAGAGUGGGGAUGGAUAGCAUGUGCGCUGCAGUGGUUGCAAGGGAUCACGUCGGCAAGGUGAUCUGGGUUUCUACAAAAAGACUGGAUUUUUCUAAUGCUCUCUGUGGGGAAGCGGCGGCUUGCUGUUUGGCUAUAGAGGAGGCUAAAGCUCGUGGUAUUGAGUUCCUUAUUGUGGAGAGUGAUUCGUGGGUGGUGAUCAACGCUCUCAAUGGGAAGGAGUCCUGUUGGGAGCUUGAUAACUAUGUCUCUUUUUGUAAAAAUACCUCCACCUCUUUUAUUGGUUGUACUUUUCAAUUUGUUCGUAGACAGUGUAAUUUUAUGGCCCAUAAUGUGGCUAAUUGGGCAUUUUCCCAUCAGAUGUUUGGCUCUGUGCCAAUUUCCUCUAUGCCUGAUAUUAUAUUUUGUAAUGACCGCGAGGUCUAA